AUGGCUGCUGUCGAGCAAAUUCCAUCCAAUGAUGGUUUAAAACGAAGACGUCGUCAUUCUACAAUAUCAAGUACAACAUUUGAUAGUGAAGCUCAAGAUCUUAUUGAACAAUGGGAAAACUUAUCGAUUGAAAUGGAUUCAUUCGAACAACAACAUCAAACAUAUUUAACAAAAUUACAAGAAAUUGAAAAUCUUAAGAAAAAACAUCGACUAGAAUUUAAUCGAAUUCAAGAAAAAAUUAAUAAUUUAAAACAAUUAAUUGAUAUACAUAAAUCAUUAAUUAUUGUUCCAGAUGAUAAGCAAGAAAAUAAAAUAAAAAAAGAUAAAUCUGAAUUAUUACGUAUUCGUCGUGAAAGUGAAAAACGAGAAGAAACACCUGAAGAACGUGUAAUUCGUUUAAAUACAAUACAUGAACAUUUAAUUACACAACGUUCGGAUUAUCUUACAAGAAUUAAAUAUACAUUACCACAGCCACCUGAACGAUAUUUACGUAUUAUUCUUGGAAAUGAAUUACCUGUAUCUAUAUUAGAUAAAUCUCAACAAUGGAAAUAUAAAGAAAAUUAUGAACAAUUUAAAUUACGUGUUACAUUAAUUAUAAUGAUUGUAUCAUUAUUAAUGUCAACAAUAAUACCAGCUAGUCGUGUAAUUGAUGCUGGUUUUUAUUUUCUACUUGUUUGGUAUUAUUGUACAUUAACAAUUCGUGAAUCAAUACUUGUUGCAAAUGGUUCAAAUAUACAAUUUUGGUGGCGUUUACAUCAUUUUAUAUCAACAGUAUGUUCAUCUAUUAUUCUUAUAUGGUCAUCAACUCAAUCAUACAAAAUAUUUCGACAACAACAUUAUAUUUUUUCGUUAUAUAUUAGUUAUGUUCAAGUUCUUUUAUAUUAUUAUCAAAGAGGUCUUCUUUAUCGUUUGAGAGCUUUAGGUGAUUCAGAUGAAUUACAAAUAACAAUUGAAGGUUUUCAUUCAUGGAUGUUACGUGGACUUACAUUUUUAGUACCAUUUCUAUUUAUGGGAUAUCUAUUUCAACUGUAUAAUGCUUAUGUUCUCUAUAAUUUAUCAAUUGAUCAAAGUGCUGAACCUAAUUCCGAUUGGCAAAUUUUAUUAAAAGUUCUUGCCUUAAUAUAUUUCAUUCUCUUUCUUGGCAACUUUCUAACAAUGUAUAUGGUUAUUCGACGCAAAAUUCGUGAACGUAUAGCAGAUAUUCAAUGGUUACGACAUCGUUAUGAAAGUUUUAUAACAUUAAUAGGACGUGUACGACAAGUUAAAUCAUCUCAGAAAUGA